AUGACCCCAACAUCUUCCCCAUUCUCGAAUGAUAUUGUUAUGGAGGAGAUUCCCAAAGUGAGGCUACCAGCACACUUAACAUUCAGCGGGAUUACGGAUCCGAGGGAUCACGUCAUCUCUUACGAGCAGCAAAUGUUCCUGAGCGCCUACUCCGAGGCUUGUUGGUGCAAAUACUUCCCAACCACGCUGACAGGAGUUGCAGGGGAAUGGUUCAGGUCGCUGCCGAAGGGAUCGAUCAAAAGCUGGAAGAAGCUGAAGAAGAGGUUCAUGAAAGAAUCAACCAACAUCCCCAAUAUGCAGCCAGAUGUAGCAAUCUUCGCCUUGAAGCACGCGCUUCCGGAGGGGAAAUUCCGGGAUAAACUGUCAAUGAAAAACCCCUCCAAGAUAGCUGACGUACUUCAAAUGGCGGAUGCGUUCAUCAGAACGGAAGAAUUCAAAAAGGCAGCAGCUAGGCUGAGGAACCCCUCGGAUACGAGGGAUACCAAGAUGAAUCAGAGUAAGCCCGAGGGCAACUCAAGAAAGGGAAAAGAGAAGGUGGGUGCGAGAGAAGCAAGCCCAAAUAAAGAGUGGAAGAAGGGUGAAUUUCAACCCAAAUACACCAACUACACUCCACUCACCACAUCCCAAAGAGAAAUCUUCAGCCUCCACAAGGAUGACGAAAAGUGGAAACUACCUGACAAGCUCAGAUCAAACCCCCUCCUUAGGAACAAGAACAAGUGGUGUGAGUUCCACGAUGACUUCGGACAUACCACCGAGGAAUGCAAUUCGCUGAAAGACAACAUCGAGGACCUCAUCCGCCGAGGCUAUUUAAAGCAAUACUUGCUCGACCGGAGAACGGAGAGGGAAGAAAAAGAAAAAGCAACGUCGGGAAAACUACAAGAGCAAGCCUAG